GAAAUGUAUGCUCAAGGAAUUGUUGCCCUGUUUCCAUAUCUUCGGGAUCCUUAUACAAAGCAUGGAUAUGAACAUUAUUAUGACCCCAAAAGUGGACAAGGGUACUUGUCUUGGAAAAUUAAGAACAUUCAGAGGAACAGUGCACCAUCAGAGACCCGUAGAUGAUUCUCCCAGUCUUUCAGUGGUGGCCCAAAGGCGCAGAGAGACACUUCAUCCAGCUCAGGGGUUAUCAUGACAGAAGAACAGUGUAGGGAAGCUAUUUCUCUACUGAAGCAUACUUCAGAGGCAGACACAGUAAAGGCCAAAAUGAAGGAGACAUUUCAGUAUCGUCGUAAGAUGAUUCAUGAUCCAAGCAGAUGUGCUGAAGUGCUGACUGAAUUUCCCCGUUAUCUGGACAUUAAAGGCCUGGUUGAGCUGGAUUUCGUUUUGAUUUUUGGGGAAAAGACUUCAGCUAAGUUUUUGGAAAGGUGGCCAACUGUAUUCAUGCAGAAGGUCAUUCAACAAAGCAAAGGCCUUCACUUCUCUCAAGAACUUCAGGACCUGAUUGAUUCUGCAGAAUCGGCUGUGGGCAGUGAAACCGAUGUUGAAGGAUGGGGCAGAGAUCUUGCUUCAAUUAUUCUCUUACUUCAUUUAAUUCCACCGUCACCACAAGGCCGCAAGAGACCUGGAAAAAUGUCUGCAUCUCAAGCUGAGAAACACCUUGUCAUCUUCAAAAAAGUGGGGACGAACAUUCAGGAACACCUUGAUUCCAUUGAAGAGAGGACACAGCCAUACCUGCUAGCAGUUGGAACGAAGAAAAACAGCAUUCAUGGAUACUACAUAAUUCUUGACAAGAAAGCCAUACCAUGCAAGUCAGUGAGUGGUCUGGGUGCCUUUGACGAACUGUUCAAGGCACACUUUGUUUUUGGUGUGUCUUACAGUAAUGUGCUUAACAACAUGUACACCUUCAUACAAACAACCAUUUUUGAGAUUGACAUUGGCCAGGUGAAAGAGAGUCCAAGAGUUGCUGAGCUCAGAGCCAGAUUCAUGCGUUAA